AUGGGUUGUGGAUUGAACAAACUAGAGAAGCAUGAUGAAAAACGACCUGGUAAUAUCUAUUCAACUUUGAAGAGGCCCCAGGUAGAAACCAAGAUAGAUGUUUGCUAUGAAUAUCGAUUCCUGGACUUCACGACACUAAAUGAUACUGAGCUGCCAGGAUCAUCUGCAAUCAAGCUCUCCUCCUUGCGUGAUCUCCCAGCUCAGCUGCAAGAAUUGUACCAGCAGGGCUUCGUCUUGGCUGCUGUCCACCCUUUCGUGCAACCAACUGAUGAAAAAGAGAAAACUCCCCAGGAACAAAUCUUCAGGGCUGUGCUUAUCAAGAAAACAGAAAGGUCUCCCAAAGGUGAUGUCCAUAGUGAAGGAUAUGUCUUGGAGAUAGAGCGCUGCUCCUCUUUAAACCAACUGUCAGACAAAAAGGAGAUACCAGAUUUUAUUAAGAAAAUUCAAGAUGCUGCAAGUCAAGGCUUGAAAUUUAUUGGAAUUAUACCUCAGUACCAUUCCCAAAAGAACUGUCUUGUCAGCGCCUCCCUGACACCCGCCAGUAACAACUCUGUGCAAUCAAGAGAUAAUAAAAAUGUUUCAAAUCACCCUGAGGAUCAUGCUUCACUGGAUGGCGAAAAAAUAGAUGAUAUUAAUGGAUGCAAUACUCCAGCACCAAGCGAGGAAAGUGCUGACCAACGUGCCACUUCCAGGGAGGGCUGGAGAGGUGAAGGACAGGCUGCUGAAGAGCAGAAUCUCAAGUCUGCAAAGGGAAACGAAGAACAGUUUCAACACACGAACCCAAGUGUAACAGAAGCAGCAGACAAGCUGAAUGGACUUACAGAGAAUGAAACACCAGCAUGGUGCUUAAAACCACUUACUGGCAAAGCAGAGAUCUUCGCUCUCUUCAACAAGCCAAAAACCCCUCAAAGAUGCAGCCAAUAUUAUACAGUGACUAUCCCUAUGAGGAUCUCCAGGAAUGGGCAGACUGUCAACAGCUUAGAAGCAAAUUGGCUGGAGCACAUGACAGAUCACUUCAGGAAAGGAGGCUCAUUGGUAAACGCCAUCUUCAGCCUUGGAAUGGUAAAUGAUUCUUUACAUGGGACAAUGGAUGGAGUAUUUCUCUUUGAAGAUGUUGCAGUUGAAGACAGUAAACCCAUUCAGGGCUAUGAUGCAAUUGUUGUAGAGCAGUGGACUGUCCUGAAGGGAGUGGAAGUGCAGACAGAUUACAUUCCGCUGCUGAAUUCCCUUGCCAUGUAUGGCUGGCAGCUGACAUGCGUGCUUCCUACUCCAAUUGUGAAGACAAACAGGGAGGGGAAUUUAUCUACAAAGCAAAUUGUAUUUCUUCAGAGACCUUCUUUGCCCCAGAAAGCAAAGAAGAAAGAAUCUAAGUUUCACUGGAGGUUCUCCAAAGACGACAUGCACAACAAACAAAUGAAGAAACCCACAAAAGCUAAGUUAAGUACUAGGGAGAAGCAAAUGGCAGAGGAGAAGCAGGAAUUUGAAGUCACAGAGAACACAAGAAACUUAGAAGCACAAAUCUCAGCGGCAGCCAAGCCUGAUCCAGAACAGCAGCUGGAUGAUGUCAUAGACUUGGGAGAUGAGGUAGCUGGGACCAACAACAGAGGUACCCAUCAUGACAGGGUGUCGGAAGAGACACGUCCUGCCAGUUACGAUACUGACAACAAUGACGUGCAGGUCUGCAGCAGCCAGAGUACGCCUGGGUGCUGUGCAGAUCAGGUAACUGCGGGGGGAGACUCUGCUCCAGUGUGGGAUGGCUGCAAUGGCAGCGACGGGGCCGGGCUGGGCCUGGACGGCUCCUGUGAGUAA